UGAUGUCAUUGUAAAAAAACGAAGGAAACUCUGCAAUCAGAGGGAGCAGAAUUCGAGGUUGAGGGAAGGACCAGAUUUGAGAUUACGUCUUUUGCACGAGCCCCGAGGACAGACUGGAUGCGUGUGGAGUGACCCAGCGGCCGGGGUGAAGCCCCUGUAUGCGAUAAUUGUGACCAUGGAGGAUUACGAUUACCUCUUCAAAAUAGUGCUGAUAGGAAAUGCAGGAGUGGGCAAAACCUGCCUUGUCCGACGCUUCACUCAGGGUCUGUUCCCACCUGGUCAAGGUGCCACGAUCGGGGUAGAUUUCAUGAUCAAAACUGUGGAAAUAAAAGGGGUGAAAGUGAAGCUCCAGAUCUGGGACACAGCGGGACAGGAGAGAUUUCGCUCCAUCACACAGAGUUACUACCGUAGUGCCAACGCACUCAUCCUCACCUACGACAUCACCUGUGAGGACUCAUUUCGCUGCCUCCCAGAGUGGCUGCGAGAGAUCGAGCAGUACGCCAACAAUCAGGUGGUGACCAUCUUAGUAGGAAAUAAGAUCGACCUGGCUGAAAAGCGGGAGGUGCACAGACAGAGAGCGGAGGAGUUUGCUGAGGCCCAGAGCAUGCUCUACCUGGAGACAUCCGCCAAAGAAUCUGACAACGUGGAAAAACUCUUCCUGGAUUUGGCCUGCGUACUGAUCCGUGAAGCCAAGCAAAACACGUUGGACAACAACGAGUCUGCACCUAUGCCUGGAGAAGGCAAGAACAUCAAUUACCUAAGCUGCUGCAACAUUAACUAGGGAUCUUGGCUGCUAAUCUGGCAAUGGUUACUUUCCUGCUUUAUGGUAUGGGAAAUUUUUGGUUAUUGUUGACGUCUUCUGCGUAGAUCCCUCUUUGCCACCACUAUUGGGGUCUUGGAUGCUUUCGUGAAUGUGAGGUUUUUAAAAGCUACUGACUGCACCACUAGAAAGUCAAGAGGAGAUGUAUUCUGCCGCCGCUGAGGAGAACCCAAGCUCCAGGGUACCAGUUAGCUGGCAUAUUUAAAGGCCAGACAAUGACUUUUAUACAAUUCAGUACAACACUAAAGAUGCAUAGGGCAGUUUGCCUACUAUAUGAAUGAUAUGAACAAAAACACACAUCUUCACCAGCAGCAGUCCUGCUGUUUUAAAUUGUAGAAAAUGUGCAUUGCACAUAAUAUCAAAUAUGAAAAAAGUGCAUUGUAGAGCAUCAUUAUGUCCCCGAUUCAAGAUCAAAAUGCACUUCCACAUUGUUGCUGAUAAGAAUUUACAUGUAGGAUUUUAAGACUAAUGUAUGACUGGAAAUUUUAGAAACUCUUAGAGUCUUAAACAAUGGAGGGAGAGAAGAUGUGUAUAUUAUCAGUAUAUUAUAGAUUAUCUGACAUUUUUCCUAAAGGUAAUUCCCUAAUUAUCGCUUAGAAACAUAUUCUCUGUUGUGCAGUUUUCAGCUUGUUUUAAUUUUGAGUGCAUUCUAUAACGAGAUCUGCACUGCUUAAAAUGCAUCUCCAGUAGGUUUUUAGCAGACAUCAGGUAAAUUGUACAGGCACUUGUGAGCAAGACAUUGUUGAACUCAGCAAAUUUCCGGUUCAGGCUGAUUGUACUUCAAUGCAUAUUCCAAUAAUAAGCAUCUCCGUGCUUUUCCAGCACACUUAAACACUUAAACUGUAAACACUUUCAAUGAGGGCAUAUACCUCUUUAAUGGAAAUCAUUUCCCCCCUAAUACAUUGCAGUCUAUAUAUAAUUAUACAGUAAUAGACUUUUAAAUUUUUUUAGCUCUAUACUCCUUUACUUUGGAUAUGAACUGAAUCAAUGACGGUUGUGUUAAUGUACACACUGUCAGCUUUAUGAACUGUUCUUAACAUGUUCCCAUUCCUUCCCAUAGGCUCCCCAAUGAGGCAAAAAUUAACCAAACUGUUACCAGUAUGCUUAGUUGGUAUUUGGCAAGCUGUGUGCUAUUAUAUUGUUAGUUCAUGGACAAGAAUUGUAUUUCUGGUUUGUUAAGAAGAUUUUAGAUGUGGUAGUUCUGUCUGGAUGUUCUAUGAAAACACAAAAACUGUCAAUUCAUGUAAAACAAGUCAUCAUGAGGCUGAAAAUUAGUGACAACCAAACAUAAGGUGUAUUAAAAUGGUUUUGUGUAUGGUUAGAAAGCAAAUGGGGUGGGAUGGAUUAAAAAUGGUAGGCAUCGUGUACAAAACAUGGUGUGGGUAGUGUCAUGGAUGCUAUUAUUAGAAAUGUCCUGCUUAUCUGUAUUGAAGAUGUGAUUGCCAAUGGCAGCGUUUACCUACUCGGAUCCAAACAAAUGUUAUUGGACAAUGCCACCCCUUGCAGCAGGACAGUGACUCCAAAUGUACUGUUAAUUAUCCAGCUUCCUUUGAUAAUAUAUUUCAUUUACUGAAAAUCCCAUUCAAAAGCACGAACUCAAAAUGGCUGUUAUACAGAGCAUCACUAGGGAAUGUCCCAGUAGACAUUGUUUAAAUUCAAAAGCUUUGUCAGCUUUUCUUCUUCAUUGUAGACUUCAGGCAGUCAUCGACUGCAGGGUUUCUAUUUAUGAUCAUGGUAAUUUGCCCAAAUUAUUGUGGUACUUAUUAUUGUGUUUGGAUGAACUAAGUAUUAAAAUGUCCAUAAUUACAGAGUGA